AUGGCACAGACCAAUGGCGAGAUGGAGCACUCAAAAGAGUCUCCAGAGCAAAUCACCAAUGGAAACAACCAGGAGGUGGUCCAGGAGGACGAUGGCGCUGGCGGCCUCUUCCAGAUCUCCGUGAAGCUUCCUCAUGAACCUUACAAGAUCCAGGUUAUGGUUUCCAGCCAAGAACAAGUUCAGGAUGUCCGUCAAUCAAUCGUCGAGCUGCCCGGAACAUUUCAGUACACCUGCUUCCAUCUUGAGUUCAAUGGCAAACGCAUCAACGACUUUGUCGAGCUCUCUGAGGUUCCCGGCUUGCAGGCCGAUUCAGAGAUUGUUCUCGUGGAAGAUCCCUACACUGAGAAGGAUGCUCGCAUGCACGUUGUUCGCCUGAGGGAGCUGCUUGGAGCUGCGGGUGACCGAGUUGAUACCAUCAACGGUGUCAACGCUGGUCUGUCCCUCCAUGAUUCGAUUGCUGCCGAGGCUGGUAGCGAGAAGUCAGAAAAGGAGCAUUCGCUUGCCAAGUACGACAUCCCCGGAUCUUCCUCGCUGAAGACUAUUCUUCCCAGGUCGGAGGCCCCCGCUCCUAAGACCGUCAAGUCCAUCUCCCUUUCUCCAUGGAACCCGCCACCUCAUCACCUCCGUCAGAAGGGACACUUGCUCUACCUCCAGGUUACUACCAAUGAGGGAGAGCAGUUCCAGAUCACCUCCCACGUUUCUGGGUUCUUCGUCAACAAGUGCUCCAACAGCAGAUUCGAUCCUUUCCCCAAAACCAUUCCCAAGAAGGGCAGCGCGCAUUCGCUUCUCAACCUGAUUUCUCAGCUUUCUCCGUCCUUUGAUGCUGCCUUCAAGGAACUCCAGGAAUCCAACAACCAGAAAGAUCUUCUGACUACCUUCCCCUUCCAAAACUCCAUUCCUAGCAGCCCAUGGCUUGUCGCUCCACCAGCCUCCAACGUAAACGCUCAUCAGCCCGAUAUCACCCGGUCUCAGGAAAACUACCUCAUCUCCGGUGUGGACAAUGCUGAAACUCUGCGCGACUGGAAUGAAGAUAUCGUUCCUGGAAUUUUCAAGCAGCGAGAACCUGGCGAGCACCAGAUCGACUACGGUGGUGUGGAGGGCAAGGAUGUUGUCGCUACCCACCCCGACUUUGUUCCUGUUUUUGAGAAGCUUUCUAAGGCCCUCAGGAUCAAGAAACACCCUGUGUGGGAUAAGGAUAACCAGCGCCACGAUCUUGAGGGUAGUGUGGAAACUAAGGGUCUUUUGGGUACAGACGGCCGUAAAUACGUUCUUGACCUCUACCGCGUCACCCCACUUGAUGUGGCUUGGAACGAGGAAGAGGACGGCGAUGCGUACCCUCACCGGAUGUCAGUUCUUCGCUUGGAACUGGUCGAGUCUUACUGGAGGGCCAAGAUGAGCCAGUACGUCAAGGCUGAAGUCGAGCGCCGACGUGCCGCUAAGGCAGAGGAAGCUGCUAAGAAGGAAAAGUCUUCUGAAGAUACCGAGUCAAAGGAAGAGGGCUCUGAGGAGAAGUCCGAAGAAGCAUUGGAUCAGGAGCGUGUUGAUAUCUCCGGUUUCUCUCUUGCUCUCAACCCUGACGUUUUCAGCGGCCAGAUCCCUCAAACUGACGAGGAGAAGGAGCAGUGGGCCCAGGACGAGAAAGAAGUUCGUGAUGCUUGUGACUUUUUGCGGUCCAAGGUGAUGCCAGAGUUGAUCCAAGAUCUGCACGAUGGCGACGUGGGCUUCCCAAUGGACGGCCAGUCUCUUAGCCAGUUGUUGCACAAGCGUGGUAUCAACAUCCGCUACUUGGGUAAAUUGGCCACCCUGGCCAAGGAGAAGGGCUCGCGCCUUGAGGCUCUCUCUACUCUGUUGGUGCAGGAGAUGGUUGUUCGUGCAUUCAAGCACAUUACGAACAAGUACUUGCGUAACGUUCCUGCGCCGUUUGCUGCUUCUUGCGUUGCCCACCUUCUGAACUGCCUUCUCGGUGCUGACGUCAAUGCGACACCGCGCGCUGAGAUUGAUUCCUCUCUCCGCGAGAUCUACCCGGAGGGCGACUUCUCUUUCGAGAAGGUCACACCCGAAGCUCUCAGGGCAGAAAUUGAGAAGCAGGUUACCCUCAGAUAUCGCUUCAAUUUGGAGUCCCAGUGGUUCAACUCUCUGCGACACCUGCAACUUCUUCGCGAUAUUGCUAUCAAGCUUGGUCUUCAGCUUGCUGCUCGCGAUUUCGUGUUCACCAAGGCCCAAGCUGAGGGCUUGAAGGUCUUGCCUGUUGCCAACGGUGUCAACGGCACCGGACAGGAUGAGGGCAGCAAGAAAAAGAAGAAAAACAAGAACGGUGACUCUGGUUCACCGGCUCGUUCCGCUGCUGCAGAGAAGCCUAUUGUUACCUUUACCCCGGACGACAUUGUGAACAUCGUCCCCUUGGUCAAGGAUGCCUCUCCACGGAGUUCGCUUGCUGAGGAGGCUCUAGAAGCGGGCCGCAUCUCUCUCAUGCAGAACCAGAAACAGCUUGGCCAGGAGCUCAUCUUGGAGUCUCUGUCUCUGCAUGAGCAGAUCUAUGGUAUUCUCCACCCUGAAGUCGCCAAGUUAUAUCACCAGCUGUCUAUGCUCUACUAUCAAACAGACGAGAAGGAUGCUGCUGUCGAGCUGGCUCGGAAGGCAGUUAUCGUCACCGAACGCACACUUGGUGUUGACUCCGCCGACACCAUCUUGAGCUACCUCAACCUCAGUCUCUUUGAGCACGCUUCUGGAAACACCAAAGUUGCGCUUGCGUAUAUCAAACACGCCAUGGACCUGUGGAAGAUCAUCUUCGGUUCCAACCACCCGGAUUCGAUCACCACUAUGAACAACGCUGCGGUUAUGCUUCAGCACUUGAAGCAGUACUCUGACUCCAGGAAGUGGUUCGAGGCAUCCUUGUCAGUCUGCGAAUCACUCUUCGGCAAGCAGUCCAUCAACACUGCAACAAUUCUCUUCCAGCUUGCGCAGGCACUGGCCCUUGACCAAGAUUCUAAGGCUGCUGUUGGGAAGAUGCGCGAUGCGUACAACAUCUUCCUCAGCCAGCUCGGCCCCGAAGACCGCAACACCAAGGAGGCGGAGACAUGGCUCGAGCAGCUCACGCAGAACGCUGUCUCCAUCGCCAAGCAUGCCAAAGAUAUCCAGGCCCGCCGCCUGCGUCGUAUCAAUAUGGGCACUCGGACUACUCUAGGAACCCAAAUCCAACCUCAGGUUGGCCAGUCAACAGCCGAUGUCUCUGCGCCCAGCCAGGCUUCUAACUCUUCUAUCGACUCGAGGAACAUUGAUGAACUGUUGAAGUUCAUCGAGGGUGGCGACACCAGCUCUUCGCGAACCAAGCAGAAGAAGCGUGCUGCUGCCAGCAACCCUAAGCUUCGUGGGUCGAAGAAGUCCUCUGCUUGA